ACUAUAUGUAUGGACCAGCUGCGUACGCCCCCGGCGCUUACAUGCCAUACCCGCAAGACGAACAGCAACAGCAACAGCAACAAAUGUUCUACGGCUACCAGAACAUGCCGAACUUUCCCCAGCAAUAUGGCAGUGAAUACGGGCCACUCAUGUACCUGCCUGUAGGCAUUGGUGGGGGAAUGCAAACCAUGGGAUACCCUGGGCAACCAGAGUGGGAUGCACAAGGCCAGAUUACUAACCAACAGCAGGUACAGGCUGCACAGGCACAGGCACAAGCACAAGCCAUGGCCCAGCUACAGGGAUCGUUGAGAGGUGGUUUAGGCGAAAGUGAAGGGGGCAUGGCACCUGGCAUGUAUGAGAUGAUGGCCGAGAGACAACGCCUGCAACAGCAGCAACAACUACAGCAACAACAGCAGCAACCACAACAACAACCACCACCACCACCACCACAACAACAACACCCAGCACACCCGCAAUACCAAUUACAGCAGCAAGUAGGGCUACCGCAGGCCAGGCAAGACCCCUCUGGCAGUCCAAGGGCUCGCAACGGGCCGUACAACGGUCAGUUAGCGUGGAAUGUGUCCCCACCCCCCACACUCGGGGUCGAGGGCGAUCCAGCUGUGGGUAGUGAGGUAGGCAUGGGCGUAGGUAGCGACACACCGGUAGGCAGUGAUGGGCGUCUGAGCUUACAGGGCCGUGAGUCACCAACAUCCGGACACGAUACAAUUGGACAG